ACGUACCCGAACCUACACGUGUUGCGCGCGAAGGAUCGUUGCAGCAAAACUCCACGCAACCAAAGUCCGAAGAGAAAUCUUACUCGUCCAUAGGCCUCGCGGCAGUCGCAUCAACUGGGGCAUCUUUCAGAGUCUGAAGUCCCAUGUCGCCCUCUUCCCCUACGCUAGACGCUCUGGGAACCGCAGCGGCGUCGUCGUCGUCGUCGUGCUUCGCUCUAGCAUGGCACGUAUGGAGCGUAUGCGCGCUCCACGUCGCGCUCGUCCUCUCCUCCGUGGCCGCCGCCGCCCUCAUCGUCGUGCUCCUCCCCUUCGCCUGCACGGCCGCCUCCCUCUGGCUCGUCUGCGCGAUCGCGGCGCGGUUCCUCUCGUGCUCCGCCUCCUUCGCGCCGCUGGAUUGGACGGCACAGCACGCCGACGGCGACGACGCGUACUCGUGUGAAGAGGGGGAGGAGCAAGGCGGGGGAGCGGAGCUGGAAACACGCGGCCGAGAGUGCGCCGCUGCUUACAUCGAUGGAGCCCACGAGUCCAUCGAUCCUUACAUUGAUGAGCAAGAUCGUCGGUUUCUGUUGGUGGACACUGGGAACUACUACUACUGCAAAAAGUUCUACGAUCUCCUGGCUUUCUGGAGACGCAAAGAGAGAGACUGGAGAAGGUGAACAGUACACGCGAUGGCACAUACAGGUUCAGGCGCCCAGGGUAGUGUGAUUACGAUGUGCUUAUCUGCAAAGACUGCAAUGGGCUGCAAGGUCCGAUUGUUCUGGUGCAGACUGCAAGCAAGGUCCGGUUGUGGGUGUGCUUCUGCCCGGGUCCAGGCCCAUUUGGGAACCGCUCUGAUCUCUA